CCUUAAUAUUUCCUGGCUGCUCCCAGCAUCUUUCUUAGAACUCCAUAGCAUUUUAUUGUUUUCUUAUUUGUAUGCCUACUGGCAGAGAGCAGCAGCCUCUGGCCAGAGCUAAUUAUAUUAUUAGGUCAGACCUGUAGCCAAGACUAGAUAGCACAGGUUGUAUCAGGUACAGAUAGAAACAAAAUCCUGUAGGCAGAGUAUCCAGAGAUGCACAUCAUGGAGGUUGGAGAAUGAGGAUAACACCUGCAAUCUAAAAGGUGAAUCAACAGAGAGAUGGAGAAGAGGGAGGAUGAGGCAAGAGCAGAGACCUGGGUGUUUGCAUAAAUAAGUAGUCAUAGAGGUGUUGGACGUUUCAAGUGGUCACCAGAUUGUCUUGUCAGGAUGUUUGUGGAGGAAAGUUAGCUCUAGUACUUCUACAGCUCAACACUAGAAACAGAAACACCACUUCCGAUGCCUUACGUUGGCUUCUGUUGACCUAAGAAGGGCUGAUGUCAAACAGCACAGCAUUUUGCCACUUGAUCUUGCCAUGUCCUGAGGAAUUUAUGGGCAAGGCAUGAUACCUGCAGUCAUUGUGGAGAGUGUGUUGAGUAUCGGAUGCUUGUGGUGAGCUAUGGCGGCUGAUGAUAAAGUUGCCAUCUUAACUGAUGAUGAAGAAGAGCAGAAGAGAAAGUAUGUGCUUGCUGAUCCUUUCAAUGGAAUUUCCAAGGAGCAAGAUCUCCAGCCCCAAAAUGAAACCCCUUCAACUGAGACCACCACUGUCCCAGAUGAGGAGCUAGACUGGUUAGAAAGGCACUGUGUCAAAAUAAACAAUGAUCUUCUGAUCUCCAAGGUCUUUUAUUUUUUCUUUUAUUCUGCAUAUGGCUCCCUUUACCCAUUGCUUCCUGUGUAUUAUAAGCAGCUGGGCAUGUCGCCUAGUCAGAGUGGACUUCUGGUGGGCAUUAGGUACUUUAUUGAGUUUUGCAGUGCUCCUUUCUGGGGAGUGGUGGCAGAUCGCUUUAAAAAAGGGAAAGUUGUCCUUCUCUUUUCACUUUUAUGUUGGAUUUUAUUUAACCUGGGGAUUGGAUUUGUUAGACCAGCUACCUUAAGAUGUGUACCAAAGGUCCCUCCACCACCACAUCCUUCCAAUGCCAGCCACCUUUUAACAUCGCUGCCGCAAAAUGCCACCAUUCCUUCUCUGCUAACUACAGCUAGUGCUACGUUACAGAAGGGUCGUGGGAAGCGGGACCUGUUAGCUAACAGUCCCCCAACUUUGGAAUUGUUUCCAUUUUCUGCUCAGACUAGAAAUGGAGACCUUGCCUUGGAUAACAACAAUACAAAUUUUCUUUCAAAGAAUACCACCACAAACCCAGGACUGCCAGGAAAUAUGACCCACCCUACAUCACCACCUGUUGUCACCACGAAGCCAGUAUUUUCUGACCACGUCAUGCUAGUUUAUGAUCAUCAAGAAGUAGAGGCUAUCUUUCUACUCAUUCUCUUGGUUGUCAUUAUAGGAGAGUUUUUCAGUGCCUCAUCUGUUACCAUUGUGGAUACUGUGACUCUCCAAUACCUUGGCAAACAUAGGGAUCGCUAUGGCUUGCAACGGAUGUGGGGCUCUCUGGGCUGGGGACUGGCCAUGCUGUCGGUGGGAAUUGGUAUAGACUAUACCCGUAUAGAAGUGAUCAUCGAAGGUCUGGGGUGUAAAGCUCCAGAGUACAAGAACUACAGGAUUGUUUUCAUAGUCUUUGGUGUACUGAUGUCAAUGGCGCUUAUUGUGGCCACCCAGUUCAGAUUCCAUUAUAACCACUACAAAGAAGAUGAAAACAAGAGGAAGGAAGUAGAGAUCCCACAGGUGGAUGGAAAUGCCUCCACUGAAUCCUCUGAUGACACCCCCAGCAGCAUAAGCCAGUCUCAGUCAUUCAGUUUUUGGGACCUGAUAAAGCUCCUUUGCAGUAUACAGUAUGGGUCUGUGCUGUUUGUGGCUUGGUUUAUGGGGUUUGGGUAUGGGUUUGUGUUCACCUUUCUCUACUGGCACUUGGAAGACCUGAAUGGCACUACCACCCUCUUUGGAGUCUGUUCUGUCUUGAGCCACGUGUCUGAGCUGACUGCCUACUUCUUUAGCCACAAGUUGAUUGAACUGAUUGGUCACAUCCGAGUGCUCUAUAUUGGCCUUGCCUGUAAUACAGCUCGCUACAUUUAUAUCUCCUAUUUGGAAAAUGCCUGGACUGUUCUCCCUAUGGAAGUACUUCAAGGUGUAACCCAUGCAGCCAUAUGGGCAGCUUGUAUUUCGUAUCUUAGUGCUGCAGUGCCUCCAGAAUUAAGAACUUCAGCUCAGGGGAUUCUACAAGGUCUCCACUUGGGUCUGGGCAGAGGAUGUGGGGCUAUGAUCGGAGGGGUUUUGGUCAACUAUCUUGGGGCUGCUGCAACAUUCAGGGGGAUAGGAAUGGCCUGUUUAGUGAUCCUACUACUCUUUGCAUUAAUCCAGUGGCUAGCUGUUCCUGAUGAAAAAGAAGAGAAGACAAUGCUGGCAGAAAGGAUUCCAGUGCCUUCCAGCCCUGUUCCCAUAGCAACCAUUGACCUCAUACAUCAACAGUCAGAAGAUAUCAUGCCUCGAACUGAGCCCAGACUUCCUCCCAAGAAAACGAAGCACCAAGAAGAACAGGAAGAUGUGAACAAGCCUGCGUGGGGGAUCAGUUCUUCUCCUUGGGUUACUCUGGCUUAUGCUGUCUAUCAAAUAAAGGAGAUGGUACAGCUGUCUAAAAGCAAUCUGAUGCCUGAAAACCAGCCUUUGCAGAAAGCCAGUGAGAAUCAGAGUGCUCCAGCAGCCAGUCCAACAGAACAGCCCCCAAAUCUGAGAGAAACUGAUGAAUCCAGAGAUUAUUCAAUACCUGCAGCGACACUCAACUCCCAAACUGACCCAGAGCCCCCUAGUGUUGGAUCAGCUUCCCUUUGUCAGUAAUGCUCCAUCUGCUGCUGCAGAGCACUAAGAUGAGUUCGUCUCAUCAAACCCACUGCAUGAAAUCGUGCUGCUCUGCUGGGAAAUGGUGGAACAAGAGCUCAAAAGAGCCCUUCACCUUAUGUGACUAGGAACUACAGGUGCUCAGCACAUCUUGAAAUCAGACCCAUCACAUGAUGCAGCACAAGCUUUUAAAUAUUUAAGACCAUUCAUAUGACAAUAUACAGUAGCAACAUUGCAUGGGGAAGCUAAAGGUCUGGAAGGCUUGGCAGAGGAAAUGGGACUGAAUGUCACUGCUUUAGAAAUUCUCAGUUGCUUUGCUAAAGUUUGGUCAAAUGUUAUGAAAUUCUUUUCAAUCUGUAGAGAAAGGGGAGCUUAUACUGUGUAAUGUGAAGAAAAAACACUAAGUCACUUGAUAUAAUUUCCCCUAUUUGAUCAGUUAGUUUAAAUUUAAUUUUUUCCCACAGAGAAACUAAACUGGAAAAGAAAACACUAUGGUCUUUCUUUUUAGGAGAAAAAUUGCAUUUCCCUGAAAAAGUUAAACAAACAACUAAGAGACACUGGACAAAGUAAAUACAUAAAUAAAGGCACAGCCUAGUCUUUUGCAAUGACUUCUCAAAAACCUUGAAUAGCUUCAGCAAGAAUGUUUUUAUAAUGUGGUGAUGGAUUAAGUGACACCGAGUGGAAUCUUUGAAUAGUAAAGCUGCCAUUAACGCUCUUCUGAGAGGUAGGUUUAGUUUGGCAAGGCAUAAACUUUUGAAAAGGGCAUUUUAGAAAGAACCAAAUGGAGGUGAGGUUAAAUCAAGUUAGUAAGCUUACAGCCCUUCACUAAACAGGGUGUUUGCUAAAUGCAUGUGUGUAUAAUUUUAGGUUUGAUGAUAUGCCCAAGACUACUAGGGUGACCAGACGUCCCGAUAUUUAGGUGUUUGUCCUAGAUAUUUCGUUCCGCUGGCAGCACUCAGCUUUUUUUUCUCUCCACCAGCGGACACCCCCCGCUCCCACCAAUAUGUGUCCUGAUAUUUUCUCCCUCUCAUCUGGUCACCCUAAAGACCACAGACCUCGUUCAAGAUUGGGCAGUUUGAGAUUGAGAGUGUCCACUGGAAACCUCUUUUUAUUUUUAUUUUUAAUUUCAUCAUAUUAAAUAUUGUUGAACUAA